CUCCGACACGGGGGAACGUCGUGUGCCCGCUCGGAACCCGGUGUGCCCGUGUGUGAGGGACGCAGCGCGGUGUUUUCGCCCGCGGUUGUUUGGCCGCUGGGGAAAUUGCAGCCCCUGCCCUUGUUGGCCCAUCGGAUCUCGAUGUUCGGGCUCUAAUCUGGAGCUGCAGCCUCGGCCCCGUGCCGUGAGUGGAUUCUCCUGGUAGCGAGUUUCUCACGCACGGCACACCUUGGUUCAAAACCUUACUGCAGAUGUCCAUCACGCAGCUUUGCUGAAAGGUUAAAAUAUCUCUGUAGCAUUGCCUGAGACUGAUGAUACCUUUUUUCUCUCUCUUUUUCUUUUCUUUUCUUUUUUUUUUUUUUUCCCCUUAAAAUAAAAAAGCCUAAAGCAGUGGAAAAUACUUGAAAGCUUCCCACUAAAAGCAGGCUGUUUCAAUGUAGUCCUUAUUGCCUGACAUAAAGAGAAUUACCUUUAUCACUGGCUGUCUUAAAGCUACAGUAGUUCUGAUCUAUCAGUGUGAUUUUAUUUAUUAAUUUACCUUUGGUUUUCCGUUUCGUUCUGUUUGACCAGUGAUCCUUGGCUAGUCAAGCUUUUAUUUAUUUAUUUAUUUAUUUAUUUUUAAUUCAUUGCUGUCUCUAGUCAGUGUCCCGUUUUGGUUUGGUUGUGUGAAGGUGGUGCUGGUGUUUGGUUUGUAAUCUUGUAGGGCAGCGUGCAGGGAGGGUCAUAAAUCUGCAGCAGGGUUUGGUGGCUUUUUUUUUUUCUUUUUUUCCCCUUCUUUGUGUGUGUGUGUGUCUCUUGUUUUACUUUCAGAGCAAUAACUUAACUUUUGUCCUUGCUCUGUUGAGCAAAAGUGACAGUUAGAUGCUGGGUGCAAACUUCUGCAAUCAGUUAUCCUUUUUAACCUUUCAUAGCUGUAGAUUCCUCAGGCCUGGUGAAAAAACAGGCACCUCCAAAAAAAAUAAACCGUGAGCGAUUGAAGCUUUCUCUUCUCUGAGUAAAACAACUUAAUUAUAACAGAAACAUUUGCUCCUGCAGUCACCUCCACAAAAAGGCAGUUAAUUAAAAUCUGUUACUGCCCAAGCAGGAGCUUCUGCCGGGACGUCCCGUGCUCUCCGGGCUGGAUGGGGAGCAUGCCACCCUCCUGUUAUUCCUGCAGAUGCUCACGGAAGACGCUGAGGGAGCGGAGCAGGAGCGCUCUCGAUAGUCCUGUCUCGGCACGAUACCAGUCUAGGUUUGAAUUGUUGCCACCUUGAACACGCCGGGCUGUAUUUGAGUUUUUAACGAAAAGAUGCGAUUUCGCUUUCGCCUGGUCCGUGGCAAGCGGUGCAGGUUUUAAUGGAGGAGCUUCUGGAAUGUUCUAGCGCUGACCCCCCCCGUUAAUGGCGGGGGCUAAUUUUCCCCUAGGGGGGAAAAUACAGCCCGGUUCCUGUGCCUAAGUUUUAGUUCUGUGGGUUUUUCCCCCUUCCCCAGAACCUUUGCUCUUGAAGAUGGUGAGUAGCCAGCCUAAGUACGAUCUAAUUCGGGAGGUUGGUCGUGGCAGUUAUGGUGUGGUGUACGAAGCGGUCGUCAGGAGGACCUGUGCCCGCGUGGCCGUGAAAAAGAUCCGGUGCCACGCUCCCGAGAACGUGGAACUGGCUCUGCGCGAGUUCUGGGCCCUUAGCAGUAUCAAGAGCCAGCACCCCAACGUCAUUCACCUGGAGGAGUGCAUCUUGCAGAAAGAUGGCAUGGUGCAGAAGAUGUCCCAUGGCUCCAGCUCCUCCCUGUACUUGCAGCUUGUAGAAACCUCAUUAAAAGGAGAAAUAGCCUUUGACCCCAAAAGUGCUUAUUACCUGUGGUUUGUGAUGGAUUUCUGCGACGGGGGCGACAUGAACGAGUACCUGCUGUCCCGCAAGCCCAACCGCAGGACCAACACCAGCUUCAUGCUGCAGCUCAGCAGCGCCCUGGCCUUCCUGCACAAGAACCAGAUCAUCCAUCGCGACCUCAAACCCGACAACAUCCUCAUCUCGCAGGGCCGGGCGGACGCCAGCGACCCCGAGCCCACGCUGAAGGUGGCGGAUUUCGGGCUGAGCAAGGUGUGCUCGGCCUCGGGGCAGAACGCCGAGGAGCCGGUCAACGUCAACAAGUGUUUCCUGUCCACCGCCUGCGGCACCGACUUCUACAUGGCCCCCGAGGUGUGGGAGGGACACUACACGGCCAAGGCGGACAUCUUCGCCCUGGGCAUCAUCAUCUGGGCCAUGCUGGAGAGGAUCACCUUCAUCGACACCGAGACCAAGAAGGAGCUGCUGGGCAGUUACGUGAAGCAGGGCACGGCCAUCGUGCCCGUGGGCGAGGCGCUGCUGGAGAACCCCAAGAUGGAGCUGCUCAUCCCCGUCAAGAAGAAGUCCAUGAACGCUCGCAUGAAGCAGCUGAUCAAGGAGAUGCUGGCGGCCAACCCUCAGGACCGGCCGGACGCCUUCGAGCUGGAGCUGAGGCUGGUGAACAUUGCCUUCAAGGACAGCAGCUGGGACACGUGAGGGGCUCCCCUGCCGCGGGUACUGCUCGCCUCAGCGCAGCUUCCCGACGGGAACGUGGAGCUGGCCGCGGUGUGAAAUCCCAGAGCGAGGCGUGAGGCUGUUCCUUGGCGUGCUCUGGCCGGGGGGAUGUUGCAAGAGCCGACACUACUUGAUUUCCAGCGCUCUGUCGUGGAGUGGCUCACACAUUCCAGUUUCCUAUGUCAGUAUUAGGAACUCUCGUGGAGGAAAAAAAAAAAAAAAGAAAUGGAUUUGCAUGCUGGCAGUGCAAAUCUUGAGGCUUUGUAAUGUAAUCUGUGUAUAUAUUUAUGUAUAUGAGUGACUGGGAGUGUGUGGCUCUUAAAUUAUUUGCUGUGGGUCUGGAUGAUUGGGGUCUGCUACAAAUCUGGGUGAAGAAGGUGGGUGAGGAAAACUCCUUCUUCCCCAGGCCUGAAUGGCUUUAUUAUUUAUUUUUGUUAUCUAAUUUCAAAGACUUGACUUUGUAAACAAACAAAAAAAAGCAAUGCAAGGGGAUCAGCUGCUUUCGAAGUGCUAACGUGGCUGAUCUUAGCACUUAGAGCUUCAUGAGCUCGUCACUGAGGGAGUCAAAUUAAAAAUGUACAGUCAGGUGCUGGCAGGGGGGGGCCGGGUCAUCGAUCAUUUGAUUUUGCUUUUAUUAAUCGAUUAAUCUGCCUUUUCUCAACAUGCUCUCUGCCCUGGUGUCCAAAAUCCCAUAGCACCUUGAGGAUUUAUCCCAGCAGAAAAUUCUGUGUCCUCAGUUUAUGGCAGCGUGGACGAGGGAAUCCAGCAGCAUAAUCUUAAAAUCCUUCAGAACGUGGUGGCAGCAGAGUUUUCCCACUAGCUGAAUCCAACCACUAAUCCCAGUAGUCAUGGCCUUUCCUCUCUGGCACUGCCCCAGAUCCAGUGGGGAUGAGGGGACAGAGGUGGCUCUGUCCCCUGCCUCUCACCUGGUGUCAGAGCUGGCAGAAAGCUCAGCCACAGCUGUGUGAAAGGUGGCAGCCCGGGUUGAUUUUUGUUUUUUGUGGUUUUUUUUUUAAUUUUUCCUCUUUUUAAAGAAGCGAUCUUUAUUUAAAAGCACAGAUGGGAGGGUUUGGAGCAGUUGGAAGCUGCUUAUCCCCAGCUCUGGCUGCACUGAGCAGAUUGAGGCUGGGAGAGGUUUCCCUGAGGCCACCUGACGCUGCAGGGCUGACAGCAGCUCUUUGUACCAGCACAACACUUUGUUCCUUUGGGUGCAGGGAUGACCUUUCCCAUCCAGUUUGACCUUUUGGGAAAAAAAACAGAGUCUUAAAACUGCCUUUAAAGCUGCAUGAAAGGCCAGUUUUCUUUACAAAAUUCAGUUUAAUUUCCCCCCCCCCACCCAAAUCUUACCUGAAAAUAGCUGUAAGUAUUUCCUUGUAUAAUUUGCUUUUUGAAUACUGUUUCUUCCUGGUGCUGGGAUGGCAGUUCUGGGCACUCAGUGUUUAUUCUUCGAGUGCAAAUAAACAAAAUAUGAUUUUUUUCUUUUGUUAUUCCAAAAGCAAAGGAUUCCGAUUCCACCCAACUUCUGAGGUUUUACAGGCCACAGGUGCUUCUUACCUGGUGCUGUGUGAGCUGGUGGCUGUCACCCAGCCGGGCCUUAGUUUCGAAUUCUUGUUAUUUUAUUUUUUUUCACUUCAUCCUUUUAGGGAGUGAUCCUCAGACAAACACACUUUGCCUGUGCCAACUCUGCCUCCCAGUCUCACAUCCUCCCAGCAGGGACGGGAAAAAACUCGAAGGGGGUUCGUAAUUCGCGCGAAACUUGGGAGCUUCUUAAAAACGAAGGGGUGAGCGUCCCCCUCUCCCAGCCACCCAGAAAUCAUAACCAGAACAGCUCUGCUCCCCCUGAGGUGCUCUGGGAAUCACCCGAGGCCCCUCUGCAGGCUUCCAGUGCCUGCGCUGCCGAAAGGAGGGACUGGCACAGGGAAGUUUCGGGGCGUUUGACUCCCAAAGUGUUUUCUUUGCACUGAUUGCCACUUUAUAGGUUGGGGGUACCUGAAAUCCCCCUCAUGGUGCUUAUCCUCGCUGUUGGGUGACACUGCUGGUCCUCGAGCUCUGUGUUCUCUUCGAUUUUUGUUGUUGUUGUUGUCUGAGGUCUUUGUUUUGAGGAAGUAAAUCAAGCUGUUGUAGCAGCUGCGGGGUCGUUCACCAGCGUGACACGAAGUCAAGACACUUCCCAGCACUUGGGAAAGAUUUUUUUUUUUUCCAUGUUUUUUUUUAAAAACUGUAAAAUAUAUUUUAUGGAGAAUUUAUAAUGAGGAAAAUUAUUGUGUAAUUUAUUAAGUUCAUGACUGUUUUUUUUUUGAAAUAAAAUCUUGAAUUUCGA